AUGUCUCAGACGCGCACCCAAUUAUCUUUGGCUGGUGCACGAUGCAAAAGCACAGUCGUUCCUCCGGUUGACAUCCGACUGGGAGAUACCCACACACCUCGAUGCCAAGCGCAUUUCGAAAACACACUGGCAGACGACUUGCUCUACCUCACAUACAACCACAACUCGACGAUUCACCCACCUACGCCAGCUGUGCCUCCACGAUGGGACAUGACUAAUCCGUACGCCAGGAACCGUCCUCCGCCCUCGCCGCGCGGUAACCGACCGCUCCAGUCGUCAGGUCUACCCACGACCGCGGACAAUUUGCCCCGUCUCGAAAAGAUAAUCCUACACACAAUGAUCAAAGAUGCCAUCACGAAUAAAUCUCACCUACUCGGACCUAUGAUGGCUCUCCGCGCUAUAUCUGGCCAGACCAACAGGGGCGGAGGCCAGCGCGCCCAUCAGGGUGUCAAAAUCUGCUACUCGCGCGCCGCAUCUGCCGCGUUCCGACUCCGCCCGGGCGUACCCAUCUCACUCCAAGUCGAACUGCACGGUCCCCAAAUGUACGAGUUUAUCAACACUCUUGUCGAAUUUGUCCUCCCGCGGAUGAGAGAGUUUCGAGGUGUGAGCAUGCCCCCUGCGAGUGCGGCCAAGUCGAGCCCGAGUGCGAUGGCGGGUGUGGUUGCGUUUGGUCUCCCCAAGGAGGCGUUUGCGCUUUUCCCGCAGCUGGAGGUGAAUUUGGAUUCGUAUCCGAGGAUGUGUGGGAUGCAUGUGCAUUUUAUAACUAAUCUCAGAGGGAGGGAUGCACAGCAGCGUGCGAGAGCUUUGGUUUCUGGGUUUCAGAUUCCAUUUGUGAGGGCGUAA